GGGAGGCAACUUUCCGCGCAGGUGACACCGAGUUCAAGCCUGGGUGUUCGUGUUUUGGCUCGGAAGCUUCUUUCCUUUCCAAGCCAAGCUGUGGGGCACGGCACGGCCGGCGAGGAAGAAGGACCUUUCUUGCCCGAAUAGAGAGUCAGUCAGCAAAAGCUCCGGCGGGGACGAGGAGGAGCGGGAGCAUGCACCUGAAGGACAAAGUGGCGCUGGUGACUGGAGCAGCCCAGGGCAUAGGCAACGCCUGCGCCCAGGCGCUGUUGGAAAAGGGCUGCAAGGUAGGUCUUGUGGAUCAGAAUGCAGAAGCCGGUAAGGAAAGCAAAGAUAACUUCGACAAGCAGUUUGAUACACAGAGAACCAUCUUCAUCCCUUGUGACGUUUCAGAUGAAGGACAGCUAAAAGAUGCAUUUAAGAAGGUAUUUGAGCAUUUUGGGAGAUUGGAUAUUGUGGUCAACAAUGCCGGAAUAAAUAAUGAAAACAACUGGGAAAUCACAGUCCAGGUUAAUUUGAUUUCAGUGAUUAGAGGAACAUAUAUUGGUUUAGAAUACAUGAAAACAGAAAAUGGAGGCAACGGUGGGGCUAUUGUAAAUGUCUCAUCAAUAGCAGGACUUGUGCCUGCUCCAUAUCAACCAGUAUAUUGUGCUUCAAAGCAUGGGGUUAUUGGAUUCACUCGUUCAAUAGCUGGGGCCUCUAAAGAAAAAAACUAUGGUGUACGGAUAAAUACAAUCUGUCCUGGUUAUGUUAACACACCAAUUCUUCAAACAAUUGAAAAAGAAGAGAAUAUGGGCCAAUAUUUAGAAUUCAAAGAAAACCUCCAAGCUUUGAUGAAGUUCUAUGGUUUAUUGCCCCCACCAUUAAUUGCUGAGGGACUGAUAAAAAUACUUGAAGAUGAUACAUUAAAUGGAGAAGUUAUGAAGAUAACAAAAGGGCAAGGGAUUCAUUUUCACGAAUACAGUCCACUGCCAACUCCAUCAGACAAGCAAUAAAUGUUAAUGUAUUACCUGAGUUUGCUUUUUAAAAAAGAUGAUUUCCUCCCAAAAUGUAUGUUGGAAUAAAUGGUUAAGCAGACAGAAAAUCUUGGUUAAUGUUAGUUUACCCAAGUUUUUUAAAAUUGCUGUCAGUGUCCCUUAUGUGAAGGAUGGGGAAUAUUGCUAAAAUGCAUUUUUGUAUCAGAAUUGUAAUUGUUAGUUAAUGUAUACAAAGAGGCAUUUCAAUUAUUUUAAAACAAUUUAUGAUAUUAUCUAAUGUUAUCUGUGGCAAAAAAUUUAUAGAGCUAAGUUAUAAAUGUCAUAUAAUUUAGAUGUGUGUUUGUAAAGUUUGUCAUUAGAACAGCAGUAUGCAUUUCAGGCAUCCACAGAUAAUCCCAAAAAUUAACAUGGGAUGCACUGUGUACUUUCAGGGUCUGAUUUACUUUAGCUGCAAUUGUCUGGUUCAGUGGUCUUCAAAACAUGUGUCAGGACCUAAAAGUGAGUCACAGUUUUCUUACAGAAGGCAUAGGCAGAGCUAUCACGGGGCAGGGGGGACAAAUGCCCUGGGUGUGUGUGGGGGGGGGGGGAUUGCUUCCCCACCCUUCCCUUUAGACUGUCUCUACGGCCCAGAGCAGGCUGCUCUUUUAACUUAAAAAAGGUAAGUGACAUGUGUUUGGGGAUGGGCGCACGGAGGGCAUGUCCACCAUUUCUCCCCAGACGCCAUUUUCCCUUCCUUCAGCACUGCAGAUGGGUCAUGAGACUAUAAGGAACAAGAUCACAUGGGGAAAGUAGACAGAAAUGGUUCUGGGAUGGCAAUUUGGGUUUUCUUCUACAUAGUAUAUGGAAUGACCAAGAAAUACAGUCUGAGAUUCUAUAAUGUUAUAUAUUUGUUAAUAUGAAAUAUGAAAAAGUAAAAUAUACAUGUUCAAUAUUAACUGAUAUGAGAUCCUGCAUUUAUGUUGGAGAAGGGAGAAAGCAACUUGCAGUUACUGUGCAAGUGGUUCCUGAAAAAUACAGUAAAUUCAGACAGGCAUCCCUCUUCAAAAUAGUUGAGAACCACUGGUCUAAUUCACAGAAUCAUAACAUUAAAGAAUUGGAAAGGCUGUAAACACCAUUCAGUUCAACCGCCUAUACCAUGUAGAAUGACCUAAAGCAUUCCUGUCAAAUAAUGGUCCAACUUCUGCUUCAACACCUAAGGAAGAUCUCAUAACAUCCCUGUAUAACCAAUUCCACCACUGAACUGUUAAAAAGUUUUUCCUAAUAUCUCACUGAUAACUCCCCACUCAUUAUUUGACCUCAUUGUUAUAAGCCCUACGGUCCAGUACCAACUACUAACUGAAACAGUUCCUUACUUUCCUCUAAAGGACAGCCUUUGAAAUACUUAAAAAGAGUAAUUACUGCAUAUGAUGAGAAUAAACUUGAAAGCCAUCUAUUUAUCUUAUUGUAUACAACUAUAAUAAUUGUAUUAGCAUUACAAGAAAUGGGAAUUUAAAAUAUAGUCGAAGGCCAGGUUCACUGAAGCUAAUAAUUUCUGUAAGCAUUUUACUAAACCUCCCCAAAAGUUACUUCUGGUGCUAGUUGUUUAAAUAAGGCUCAUUCCACACAGCAGAUUUAUAACGAGUUACAAUAAUUAUAAAUGAACUCAUUUUCCUAAACAGAAAGCGAAUUUAUUUAUAACCAUUGCAACUCGUUACAAAUCAGCUGUGCAGAAUCUACCUAAAUUAUGCCUUUGAAAUUGGCUUACAAUAUGUACUUGUUAUUGUACUAUCAGUUCAAAACCUGCUGCUCUUGUUGUGCUGCACAUUAAUUCUCCAUGUAUCAACAAUUAGCAUCAACAAUUCCUGGUUUCUAAUUGAAAAAAAAAUGCCACUAGUGAUCUGUAACAAUGAAUUAUUUCCCAAUCCAAAUUCAGUAUGGGGUACAUAUCGCCUCAUAUCAAAAACAACAUUAAAGGUUAACUGUUGUAAAUUAAAUAUCCAACAAUUAAUCAUCCAACAUAUGUUACUCUGACAGGAAUAAUUAAAUCAAUCUGAGACUUGAGAUAGUGAUAAAUUUGAGAGUCACAGGUCUAGGUAUGUCAUUUCAUUUUUUCCAAUUACUAGGAUAGCAAGGGGUCAGCAUUUAAUACAACCGAGAGAACUUGUACUUGUGAUCUGGUUGAAUUGUGAUCACAGUAUAAUAUAAAUUACAGUAUAAUAUAAAUUACAGUAUAAUAUAAAUAAAAAUGCAGUCAUAGCAUUAAUGCAGUCAUAGACUUGAAAUAUAACUAAAAUUGGUGGAUAAUAUGCUAUUUUUGCACUAGGAAUAAAUGAUUUUGGGAAUAAAUCAUGGCACUAGAAUCAACUAGGCCCCUAAUUGGAACAGGGGGCAGGGCACGUGGUACGAGCUCCAGAGGAGAGGCAUUCAUGACUCUGGGCCAGCCGAGUGGCUGUGCCGUACCACCUGGCAAUGAGCAUGCUGGCGCAUGUGGCCAUUAGGAUGUAGCAUGCAGCUAUAUUAGGCAGCACACGGUUGCUCCGGCCUUUUCGAUGCCUGGAAGCAAACUGACCCACACGCCCUCCCUAAUUGAAGGGAUGUGAGUUUUAGCUUUUUCACUGUCACAGCCCUAGAAGGGUGGUUUGGGCAGAGGAGCACAUCUUUUGGGAGGGUGAGCCUGCGUGCCGGACCUCCCUGCCUAUGGGGGCCUCCAUAAGAGGCUUGGAGUGGGGCGGGCUCGGGGCCCAUGCCAUAGAGCCCUCUGCAAGUGAACCUGACAAGCCAGCAGUUUUGGGGCCACAAAGGAGGGGCAGACACCCUGUGGCCCAGUACCUCUCUGUCCUCAGAGCCAUGGAUCAGCCAUGGAUGCUGACUGGCAGAUAAUGAUGCACUCCUCUUACUCGCCCAGCUUCGGUAUAAUAAUAAUAAUAAUAAUAAUAAUAAUAAUAAUAAUAAUAAUAAUGGGCUGUGGCCCAAUUUCAAUCUAAGCCGUGUCUUGUGGUUAUUUACAAAGAAGCCUCUGCACAUCUGGCCGCAAAUGAAAGGAGGAUAUUGUCAAACACAAUUUUCAGUGUACGUCAAAACCUUGGAGGAUAGGAAUUGAUAGUAAGAUAUUUUUUUCUUCUGCACUUGCAUUUGGAUCAGCAAAUUACACAUUUUAAAGGCAAAAAUUAACAUAUUUCAUUUUUGAGUAUUUUACGUAAUUCAUUUCCCUGUUGCUUUUUCUGCUUCCCACCUAUCAACCAACCAACCAACCUUCUAUCUGACCCCCUUCUUCAGUUAUUUUUAUUAUUUGUUUGAUUUAUACUCUGCUUUUCACUAUAAUGAGAACUCCCAAAGCAUCAUCAAUCAUUUUCCUUUCAUCAAUUUUAUCCUCACAACAGCCUACCAGAGUAGGUUAGGCUGGGGCUGGGAGUGUAUGACUGAUCCAAUGUCACUCAGUGACCCCCAUGGCAUGCAACGGACCCUCUUACCUUCUUAACUUCUUCAGGCAGGGAAACCACACCAAAUGAUUAUCAAUUGACCGACGAGGUUACACCUUGAUCAGAACAUUCCUGCAGAUGAGCACGUUUCUGCCCCUCUCUCCUAAAUAGAAAUGUAUCCAAUUAACUUUCUACCAAACCACUUACAGCUAAGUGAAAAUAAUGAGGAUGAUCUUAGGCUAACAAGAUGAUGACAUUGAAGUAAAGCACACUCAUCUUUAUCACUGUCACCUACUUUCUGAACUUUGUGAACUCAUGAGAAAACGGAAAGGAUUUUAUGUUAGGUCUUCUAGCAAACAAAAUGGAUUCUUUCUUGACAGGACAUGACUUUGAAAGGCAGGGAGUUGUUCCUGUCGACAACAAAGGAUAGAACUCACAAUAAUUGUACAACUGAACGUUAGGGGAAAAUCUUUACAGUAUGAGUUGUUCUACUGCGGAAUUGGCUGCCUAGGGGACUAAUGAGCUGCCCCUCAUUCAAGCAGUAAAGACAGUUGAUGGUCAGUAUCUGCUGUCUUCCAGAAGAUAGUGUGAUGGUGUAUUGUAGAAUCAAACUUUUCUCAGGGAUGCUCUAGUCUGAUCCUGCAUUGAGCAAAAGGUUAGACUAAGAUUGAUUGUAUGACCCCUUCCAACUCUUGAGUCUGUGAUUCCAUGGUAUUGCAGCAAAGGACUAAUAAAGUUUUGAAGAAGAAAA